CGCUACUUUUUCUCUUUUGCAACUCCCAAUAACUAUAACUGUUCACUGUACUAAACUCUCAUCGUCAUCUGCGUCUACCUCGUCGUGUCUUUUCAUCCUGAAAACCAUCGACUUCGUGACCGAACGCUGGCGAUAAAUUCCCGGUUAGAGCUCGCUGCAAGCAAGAUGAUCGCGGCGUACAAAAACCUCAAAAAAUGCCAUCUUUCCACUCCUUCCCCUCCGCUCCCAUCAUAGACCAUUGAGGAAGGAUAAGUCCUGCGUAAAUUGUGCUGAAAUCCUGCUAUCAAACAACCCAUAAAAAUCCUGACUAAUGGGGUCGGAAAGCGUUGCUUCGUGUCGCCAACCAUCGUCCCCAUCGCCGGGAAUCCCUUUCCUGGCUGAUGCACAGAAUGCACAGAAAAACAACUUCGAGAGACCAAACAAGGGUGCUUGCUUCCUUUGCCAUGAAGAGGGCCACUGGGUUAGAGACUGCCCUAAUCGGUCCAAUCGCACUCCCGGUAGUGGCUCGCCGACGGCCGUUCGUCGUAACUACCCGGAGAUGCAGUGCCCCUGUGGCUAUGGUGCUUGCAUUGUGCUUACCUCGCGGACAGUGAAGAAUCCCGGGCGUGAUUUCUACCGUUGCCCUGGAAAGCAGAGUGAACAAUGUGCUUUCUUUAAAUGGUGUGAUGAAGCUGCUUCUGGUCAAAGUUCUAAGCUUAAGAGCCCAAUGAAUCAUGCCAAUCAGCUCGAUGGUAGUGAUAAUCCUAACCCAAUUUGCUCCUGUGGUGCUGGGAAGUGCAUCCGGUUAACCAUGCAUGACGGCGAGUACGCUGGAAGACAAUAUUUUGCAUGCCCUAUAAAGAAGGGUCAGGGAGCUUGUAACCACUUCGAGUGGUAUGACAGUGCAAUUAAAGCUAAAAAAGUUGAGAAUUCUGAUUGUUUGCACGAAAAUCCUUAUCUACCUGCUCGGGAUAACGAGGAUGCUUGCGAAGUCGUGAAGUUUGUCAAAUCUGAGGAUAUAAUUGCUCGAGUUUCACCGUUACGAAAAGAUCCAAUGUUCCUGGAAGAUUCAGAGGCAUGGAAAAGAGACAGAGGGCUGAAGGACACUCAUAAUUUUAUUAGUAAGGAGGGAGCCUUUAAUCAUCUACAACUGUUCGAGAGCACGACAAAAGCCGGCAAAAUUGAGCACGAGAACUAUGAUUAUUCGCUUGAAAAGCCUUAUCCACCCACCCCUGAUAGCAAACAAGCUCGCAAAACCAUUUACGAAACACGUGAUACAGUCGCUCCAGUUCGGCCAUUACUGCAGGAUCAAAGAGACUCAUUCUUACAAAUUUCGCCGGUUAAAAGGCUCAGCCUAAGGGACGAUAGCCCAGAUUCCAGCAGCUCGAAGCACAAGAGAUGCCCGAGAUUUGGAGGUGAAGGAAAUUGUUCGAAUGGCCUUAGUUCUUCUUCAAAGUUUAAGUGCAUUAAAUGUGGUAGGUUUGGUCACACAAAGUAUAAUUGCCAAGUAUAAUUCAGGUGAGGUCUGUAGCAGCGCACUUGUAUGCUUAUGAACUUAAUGAAUCUUAUAUACAACUAUGCUUUAUGGUAUCUUUGGCUUCUUUUGAACAGGGAUUGAUUAUUAAGCUUGUAGUUUGCUUAGUCUAAAUGUU